AUCACGCGUUCACGGUAUCCCGCCAUGUCACGGGUGUCGUGAUAUUCGAAAAAGCUAGAUAAUAUAUAUGCGUACACAUAAUAUAUGUGGAAUGAUAUGUGAAUCCAUCGACAGGAGCACUACACACCGUGUAAAAUAUGAAUAUGUUAAUCAAGACUGAUGGAUUUUGUUUACAUUUAAUGACAUCUUUAUUUAUGUACUUACUUACUGCAUGUCAUUUUAUAUAAAAUAUGAUAUAAAUAUACGGUCAGUGUAUAUUUGCUGUCAUAUCACUGGAUGUCGGUUUAGUUGUAUUAUGUUACAUGUAAUAUUAAUGACGUCCUCUCAGCGUGGUGAAGAUUAUAGGUUAUUAGACUAGUGCUAAAACAUUGUGGUAUUAAUGAUGUGCUCGAAUAAAAAUAAUAUUAUUAUUAUUAUUGACGAUAAUAAUAACAGUAAUGGUAAUAGUAAAAGUUUUAACAAUAAAAGUUUAUUAAUACUCAGAGCAACAGUGAAGAACAUUGAUCUUAAGUUGUCAUGUGGGAAAAAUAAUAGUCAGACUAAGUGCAACAACUAUGGCGGACACAUUCUGGGUUGAUUAAUCCCAUUAUUUUUUUUAAUACCUUUUUUAUUAUCAUUAUUUUUCUCGAGUUUUUAUAUCCGAGGGCUUUAGAUAUAUUUUUAUCUCAAGGGCUCUUGUGUCAGUUCGAGAUGAGAGUGACGAGGUGUCUCCGUUAUACAAGUAGAGGGUUGUCAUCGGUGAUUUUAAGGCGGAGAAGAUCAAACUACCGCGGAUACCCUAGCAUCACAACGCAUGGGAAAUGAGUUGGUCGUAGAUCAGAGACACUUGUUGCUUGAGGGAGUUGUUCGCGACAAAGGCAGAAGCCGACGAAGAAGAGGUGUAAGUGGACGGGAACGUGGGAGGAGGAAGAAGAGGAAGCGGCCGGGUGGUUGAACUGGAUAAAAUAUUAUUUUUUGUCAAACGAGUUGUAGUGGUGGUACCAGUGGUCACAUUUGCAGAAAAAAAAAAACCAAGAAGGAAAAGCUGGUGCACCAGGUAUAACCAUUCGUGAAGCGCUGACACGUAAAAUGAUUGAGGGCAAGUUGUGGCUUGUGCGGUGACAUUCGGUCGCGCGCAUUGUCCAAUCCUGGUUGGACAUGUUCGCGUCAAAAGACAGGGUUUAAAUGGCCAAAAUUAUUGUAUUAUCUCAACAACCACAGACUUGUUCGAGUUUCAACUUUAUUAAUUGAUAAUACUUAAUUAUUGGUAACUAAAGACGCAAUCAAGAAAUGGCUCAUUAAAAUAAUAAUAGUAAUUACACUUGGAAUUAUAUAUUACGGCUAUAAUGAAAUGAAUGGGUUUUUGGGAGGAUUGCAGUGAGGAAGCGGCACUAGAGCAAGCUGCUUCCGUCGGCCGUUCUUCCGCCACUAAAUUAUUGUUAUCAUUGGUACAUAAUGAUGAUGAUGAUGAUGAUUAUUAUAACAAUAAUAUUGAGAAAGUAAAGUGUAAUUAUUUAAAUAAUAGUAAUUUGUCAGAGAAUAAUCACACGUGGAGAGACGCGGCUACAUUGGCGGCUGCGCCGACGACGAUCGGAAGGCUGGAUUACCUCCGUGGAAUGUCUUCGGGCGCCAAGCGGCUGGUGCAGUCGCUGAGGGGCCGUAACGGUGGUAGUAGUGCCAGCGGACAAACACCAGGAGGACACCUUGGUAAAAACGACUGUUUUGUUGUCCGCGGUGUUGACAAUUCUGGAGCUGGAAGCACCAGUGCCACGCGACUCUGUUAUUACGACAGCGGUCACGAGCUUGACGAGAUAUCGGUGGUCGGGGGUGCUGCAACCCCAACUACGCCCUGUCAUUACUCUGGGAAUAAAUACGGGAGUAGACAAACGUUGUACAGUAUUGCGACAACGGUGCCGCCAGCGGCUAUUUCGACUCCUGUUGCUCCAGCAUCCGCGAUAUCUUCCAUCGCGCGUUCUGCUACCGCUGCUGGUCAAGCAUCGACCGGCAGUUAUCCGGGUCUGAUCGGCGGCUAUGGAGACGGCGAUAAGCGGACCGGGAAUAAUGCCCGAACACCGGACAUCAGACUCAGGGGUGAGGAAGACACCAAGAGUGUCGAGAGCACGGUAUCGAGGUCCAAGCAGAGCUUGUUCGACACUGGGUUCGAUCGGCUGGUUGGAAAAUCCUCCAACCAGCGGUAUUACAAUCAACAUCAUUACCAGCAGCAUCAACAGUCAAAUGACUCUAGAGGCCGACAUCAAGAGCAGCAGAUUUACUCUGUUUCGCAGAGAUACUUUGGCUCCUCCCGAGACUCCCUGCACGGGGGGUACGUAAAUCGCGGUGCGAGUGAGCUAGAUCUGAGUCGUAAGUCAAGAAGAAAGGAUCAGCUGCGGGGUAAGUUAAAAUUUCCAAAUGUCGUGAGUCUGAGCUCGUCGCGGGACGCGUCCCACCUGCGCAGUUUGACCUCUACGAAUCAUCUGAAUGGUAACAGCAGCUGCAAUGGUACUGAAACAAGAUAUACGGCUCAACAGCAACAACAACAAAGAGGGAGCCGAGGCUACCCAGGGCAACCUGGUCAACGAGGUUUUAGAACCGGCGCACCUAAUUGGUCAUUUGUCUUUGAUCCCGCGGGACGAUUAUGUUAUUACUGGUCGAUGGUGGUCUCUUUGGCUUUUCUCUACAACUUCUGGGUCAUCAUCUAUAGGUUUGCCUUCCAGGAAAUAAACGGUGAAACGCUAGUAGUGUGGUUUUGCCUCGACUACUUUUCAGAUCUUCUUUAUCUCGUGGAUAUUGUAUUUCAUUUUCGUACGGGUUAUCUCGAAGACGGGGUGCUACAAACUGACGCUACUAAAUUAAGAAAUCACUACAUGAACACUACAACAUUUUAUAUUGACUGCCUGUGCCUGCUACCCCUCGACUUUUUAUACUUAUCUAUAGGAUUCAACAGUAUACUCCGAAGUUUUAGGCUUGUUAAAAUUUAUAGAUUCUGGGCGUUCAUGGAUCGUACAGAGCGACAUACCAAUUAUCCGAAUUUAUUUCGUUCAACAUCCUUGAUUCAUUACUUACUGGUGAUAUUUCACUGGAACGGGUGCUUCUAUCAUAUUAUUUAUAAGAACCACGCUUUCGGGAGCAAAAACUGGGUAUACAAUGACUCUGAGGAUGUAGAUGUUGUGGAACAGUACUUACAAAGUUACUACUGGUGUACUCUCGCCUUGACAACAAUAGGCGAUUUGCCGAGACCACGGAGCAAAAGCGAGUAUUUGUUUGUCAUCGUGCAACUACUGUUUGGUUUGUUGCUUUUUGCCACAGUCCUCGGUCAUGUCGCCAAUAUAGUAACGUCUGUCAGUGCAGCGCGGAAAGAAUUUCAAGCGAAAUUGGAUGGAGUUAAGACUUAUAUGCGGAUGCGCCGGGUGCCAAAUCAUCUGCAAAUCAAAGUGAUAAAAUGGUUUGACUAUUUAUGGCUGACGCAAAAGUGUUCAGACGAGGAGAAGACCGUGAGUUGUCUGCCUGAUAAACUAAAGGCGGAAAUAGCGAUAAAUGUUCACCUAGAUACGCUCAGGAGGGUUGAAAUAUUUCAAAAUACAGAGGCUGGCUUUCUGUGUGAGUUAGUGCUUAGAUUAAGACCUGUUCUAUUUUCACCGGGAGAUUAUAUAUGUCGAAAAGGUGAGGUAGGCAAGGAAAUGUACAUAGUAAAUCGCGGACGACUGCAAGUGGUAGCAGACAAUGGGAAGACUGUGCUGGCAACACUAAAAGCCGGCUCAUACUUCGGGGAAAUCAGCAUUCUCAAUAUGGGGACUGCAGGUAAAGAGUGCGGUAAUCGACGAACAGCCAGUGUAAGGUCUGUCGGUUAUUCCGACCUCUUUGUACUGAACAAGAAAGACAUGUGGGACGUGUUGAAGGAGUAUCCAGCAGCGAGGGUGCGGCUUGAGGCUAUUGCGGUAAAAAGGCUUGAAAAAUACAAGCGAGCGCCACUUGAAAAAGCAGAUAACUCUUUUUUGAAUUACUGUGCAGCGGCGAUGGGAAGAAGCCAAAGUACUCCGGGGUUAGUCGAGUCCGAGGGACAGAUUACCCUCGAAGAGAUGUGGUUAGCACCCAAUGAGUUACGUACUCCACGGUCGCUAUUUUCACCGAGUCCGAGUCCUAUCACCGCUUCAUCUCUUCAUGGCCUACGUGCUGGAGUUGAUACAGCUGUUGAUACAAAUACUAUUGGAACAGCCGCUGCGGCGGAUAGAACACGGGCUGCUGCUGAUAGUCCAAUGAGUGCUACUAGUAGUGCUCGCAGUAGUGAAGACCAAACUGCACGAGUUCCACACUCAACGACGACGCAGCCGUCGAUAGGCCGGCAAUCGACCCAUUCUGGUAUGACUUGCAAUAGUAUGACACAAUUAAUGUCUGAGGGUGCAACGACACCGCUGCUGGGUGUUAGCAGUCACGAGGCGUUACUUGCUGAGAUAAAACGGCUGAGAGAGCGUUUGAUAUGCCUAGAAACGGAGAACGCAGCGAUGAGCGACAAGUUAAAUCAACAACAGUGGGCAGUGGAGCACAGAUUAGCGGAAAUAGAGAUGCAGAUAUGCGGAGCAAGUUCGACCUCGAGUAUCGAGGACACGGAGCGUAAUCGCGAGAGCAUCAUUUAA